GCAGGCAGCUGAGGCGCUGCCGGUGGGUCCCACCUGCGCGCAGUUGAUGGGCGAGGAGGAGGCGGAGGGAGAAGGACGGCGGCGGCGGCGCUGCCCCUUGGCCCUCGCAGCUCCCGGGAGGCGGCAGCAGCAGCAGCAGCAGCAGCAGCAGCCAUGGAGGACACGCCGGAGCCCACCGUGGUCCAGCCCGGAGCCGCGCCCGCCGCGCCCCCGCCGCGCCCCGAGACCCAGCGCCCCGCCGAAGGGCAGGAGGAGGCCCAGUUCAGCGAGGAGCUCGAGGACAGAGGUUUACUAGAAAGCAGCACAAGGUUAAAACCUCAUGAAGCUCAAAGCUACAGAAAGAAGGCGCUGUGGGUUUCGUGGGCUUCUAUUGUUGUCACGUUGGCCCUGGCGGUUGCUGCCUUCACUGUCUCCGUAAUGAGGUACAGUGCUUCGUCAUUUGGAUUUGCAUUUGAUGCCACUUUGGAUGUGUUAUCAUCAGUGAUAGUUCUUUGGCGCUACAGCAAUGCAGCUGCCGUACAUUCAGCGCACAGAGAAUACAUAGCCUGUGUCAUCUUGGGUGUGAUAUUUCUUCUGUCUGCUUUAUGUAUAGUGAUCAAAGCUAUCCAUGACCUUGCAACUAAGUUGCUUCCAGAAGUGGAUGACUUUCUUUAUAGUGUUUCCAUUUUAAGUGGAAUCCUGUGCACUAUUUUGGCAGUGAUCAAAUUCAUGUUGGGAAAUGUCCUUACAAGCAGAGCACUGUUAACAGAUGGUUUCAACUCCCUGGUAGGAGGAAUAAUGGGAUUCUCUAUCCUUCUAAGUGCAGAAGUCUUUAAACACAAUGCCUCUGUCUGGUACCUAGAUGGAAGUAUAGGAGUUCUAAUCGGACUCACAAUAUUUGCCUAUGGAGCCAAGCUGCUUCUGGACAUGGUUCCCCGCGUACGGCAAACGCGUCACUAUGAAAUGUUUGAAUAAGGACAGAACUCAGCUACAUGGACUGAAUAUACAUUUUGCAAAGUUCGAUAAAUGUCCUACAUCCUGGCAAGUGGUGCCAAACAUAUUUACAAGAUUGUACGUUAUUUCUCAUGGUAUAUUUCUUUUUUUUUUUUACAUUAAUCUUCCAAGGGAAAGUCUAUUGGUACAAAUAGGUAAAUUAUGUGAGCUGCCGUAGCCUUUCCCUUUUUGUGUGUUUGCUCUUAUUAAAACCUUGCAAGUGGCAAUAGAAAUGAAUAUGAAUUCACAGUCCUAAACCAGCUGCUAUGUUUUGUCUCCUGAAGUGGUCAGUUUGUAAAUGACACUCAAGAACUGGGCCAAACUAAGACAUGGUGGCUGCAGUAAUUUAUCUCUGUAGCACAUUAGAAACUAACUAAUAUCAUGUGGCAGGCAUUUCCACGGGCAAGAGGCUACUUUCUCAGCUUGAGAAAAGAAGUGGCUUUUAGUUCCAUUGCCACUAAAGUUCCAGAUUGGCAUCUUCCAAGUCACUGCUCCAAAAUCUCCUGGCAGAAAGUUCAGUGGCAUGUUUAGGUUACGUUUGCCAACAGAUGUUUCUUGAUGCAUGAAAUUACCCUUUCCCAAUUUCAAAUGAUACCCUGGCCUCAAUUACCAAUUCCUCCAGCGACCUCACACAAAUCCCAGUUCUGACUAAUGUCAAGAAUGUUGUUCUAAUUUCAUACUAGUUUAUGAAAUUCUCUGAAAUACAUAAAUGCCAAGCACCACAUAGAGUAAAUUAAGCUGCACAGACAAAAUAAGCACAAAGUAUUAAUAAAUAGGCAAAAGCCAAAACUAAGAGUAAAGAUGGAUUAUAUGUCUCUGAUUGUAUUAUGCACUCAUGUAGCAAUAUGUUUGGCUAAAUACACGGAUGUCCUGUGUUCUGGUGAAAGUGAAGUGUGAUAAUUCCAGCUGGUAGUAUGGUAGCACCUUUCUAGCUGUGCAGAAUUAGAACUAUUCUGUUGGUAUUCAUGUUCCCACCGUCUGAUGUCAUUGAGCACCUGGAUUACAAAUACCAACUCCCAUUAUGUAUAAUCAAUAAAGCUGUUACUUAUUUUA